GUCUUUAUAUUAAAUAAAGGCAUUAUGCAUUAAUGCCAUGUCUUUUAAUAGCGUCUUUAAUGCAUGUAUGCAAGUCCGACCAUAUUUUUCAAUUAGGGGCUUCAGUAUAAGUCAGUGGAAAAUCCAAAGUCAUUAUGAAACAUUGGAUAUACCAGAAGAUUCAAAUUUAGACCAAGUUAAAACUGCGUUCAUUUCUAAGUCCAAAAAGUAUCAUCCUGAUAAGAACUACGGUGAUGAAGAAAUGCAUGCAAAGUUUGUAAAACUGAAUGAAGCAUAUACUGUUCUUUCUGAUCCAAACCUGAGGUCUGCAUAUAAUUUUGAAUUGAUGAAAAAAAGCAGGAUGUACUCGUCUCCUUUAAUACAGAGGUCAAAGGAUUAUAAAAGCCCAUAUCGGAAAAAUAGGGAUGAUUCAACAGAUUGGAGUGAUUUUUAUAGUACUUAUGGCGGUGGAAAAGCAUACAGAGACAUGAAAGCUGAAUCUGACUCUGAAUUUUGGACACAAUAUUGGGAGAAUACAAAAAAAUUUGGAGGGGGUGAGAUGCAAGAAGGGAUGAGCCCUCCCCCCAAAUCAACAAUUGGAACAGAAUUGGUCGUUAUUUCGGGAGUAUUAUUCGCAGUUUAUGUAUGGGGGAUGUAUAUCCUAUCUGGCAGGGAGCCGCAUAAUGCUGACAGCUUUAAUUCUGAACAUGAAAAAUGGUUACUGGCACGCCAGAAAAAAUGAUGCUAUUUUUAAAUUUUUUGGAUUAGGCCAUUGUUCAGUUCAGCACUAUUUGCCUCAUCUUUAUCUCUUUAUAUAGGAAUUCUAGUCCAUGCAUCUCACAAUUGACUGUUAACUAUUUCUGUAUCAGAGAUUCAGAUCUUAAGAAUUGAUAAAGAAUGAACAAGCAAUAUGUUUCAAGUUGUAUCGUUGCACUGUAAAGUAACAGCUCAUUUUGAAAUACUGUCUUUCUUCAGAAAUCUUUGUGCCCACUCCUAGAAUAUUACAGCUUGUUUUGUUCAAUGCCAUUUUCAAGAUUCUACUCUCCCAGUUUCAUCUUUAUAGUGAUACCAAAUCGUUUGCAAUUUACAUAGUCAUUUAUGCUCAGCUCAUGUAUUUUGAAUGAUAUUUUAAUUGAUUCUAUUCCUAUACACAACCUACAAAUUUGACGAAAGGCCAUGGACAACGACAUAGUUACCGGUAAAUGGUGUUAACGAAUUAAAAAAUCCUGUUGUAUAGGCAAAUUCAUGAUCUAUUUUUGAAAUGGAACAGAACCUUACUUCAGUGUCUUUUUUGACCCAUUGUACUAUGAUUUGCUUCAAAAGUCUUGUGAUUUGUUCUUAUGAUCUUAUUAUGUCGAUUAUAAGGAAAAUGUUCUACUCUAAGAAACUAAGGUGUAUGAAUUUUACGAAACUAUCUUCCCACCAUUAUAUAUUAUAUUUAAAUAAAUUGCGGAACUAUUUAUGAUUAUUGACUAAAAAUUUCUUUCUUAAUGAAUAG